AUGACAGAAAGUCAAUAUCCCAGUGUGACAGAAAGUCAAUAUCCCAGUGUGACAGAAAGUCAAUAUCCCAGUGUGACAGAAAGUCAAUAUCUCAGUGUGACAGAAAGUCAAUAUCUCAGUGUAUACACAAGUCAAUGCCUCAAAAUGACAGAAAUUCGAUAUUCCAACUUGGUAAAUCGAUUUUUCAACAUAAAAGAUGAACAUAAAUAUAUAAUGGAGAGCCAUGGUCCGGUUCGCAAGUCUCCAUAA